AACCUCGCAAAGGCCUCGUGGUAUAAAUAGGCAGCUGGGAUGGGAAGCUGAGACAGACUCCUGGACCUUCCUUGACAUUGGAGCCGUAAGGAAGAUCUCUUAAGACAAGAUGCAUUCGUGGCUAAUUUUUGCCACUCUUGUGGCUGGCAGCUAUGCCUUAAAUCUCGCUUUUUACUCUUGCUCACCCAACCCAUGUUUGAACGGUGGUGCUUGUAUUAACAGCGGAAUUUAUGGCUUCACAUGUAGAUGCGCUCCAGGAUUCAGCGGCAUUGUCUGUCAAUUUGAUGCUUCUGGUGAUCUUGCUUGCUUCACCAGAGCCUGCGCUGGUCCAGCUGGUGCCCCAGGCGCCCAAGGUCCAGCUGGUGCCCCAGGUGCCAGUUUUGCAGGAAGACCAGGCAAGGAUGGUUUACCAGGUGCCCCAGGUAGGGAUGGUGCCGCAGGUGCUCCAGGCAAGGAUGGCUUCCCUGGCCGCCCAGGCAAGGACGGUUUUGCCGGUGCCCCAGGCAAGAAUGGUAAACCAGGUUUCGACGGUCUUCCAGGAGCCCCAGGCGCCAAGGGAGAUACUGGUUUCACCGGUGCUCCAGGCAAAGACGGAAAAGCAGGUUUCAAUGGUGCCCCAGGAAAGACCGGUGCCGCUGGUCCAGCUGGUGCUCCAGGCAAAGAUGGCUUCCCAGGUGCCCCAGGCAAGCCAGGCAAAGAUGGCUUCCCAGGCUUCCCAGGCAAAGACGGCAAGCCAGGUUUCACCGGACGCACAGGCGCUAAAGGCAGCGCUGGCUUCCCAGGUCUUCCAGGCAAGAAUGGCGCUGCUGGUGCCGUUGGCGCUGUCGGUCCAGUUGGUGCCCCAGGAAAGGAUGGCAAGAAUGGUUUCAAUGGUGCUCCAGGCAAAGAUGGCCUCUCAGGAUUCCAAGGACCAAAGGGUGAUACUGGCUUCACAGGUGCUCCAGGUGCUAAUGGCAAGGAUGGUCUCAAUGGCGCCCCAGGUGCUGAUGGUAAACCAGGAUUUGCUGGACGCCCAGGCAAAGAUGGCAAGCCAGGUGCUGCUGGACGCCCAGGCAAGGAUGGCUUCCCAGGUGCCCCAGGUGCUAAGGGUGACACUGGUUUCACCGGUGCUCCAGGCAGAAACGGUGCCCCAGGUGCCGAUGGCAAGAAGGGUCUUAAUGGCGCUCCAGGCAAACCAGGUUUCGCUGGUGCUCCAGGCAAAGAUGGAGCUGCUGGCCCAGCUGGCAAGCCAGGUAAGGAUGGCCUUAACGGCCUUCCAGGCGCUGAUGGCAAGCCAGGUUUCAAUGGUGCUCCAGGUGCUAAGGGUCCAGCUGGUCCAGCUGGUGCCCCAGGCAAGGAUGGUUUCUCAGGUCGCCCAGGCAAGGAUGGCAAGCCAGGUUUCCCAGGCCCAGUAGGUCCAGUUGGCCCAGUUGGCAGAACCGGUGCCACCGGCUUCACCGGUGCUCCAGGCAAAGACGGCAAGCCAGGCUUCAAUGGUGCCCCAGGAGCUCCAGGUGCCAAGGGUAAGGAUGGAUUCCCAGGUGCCCCAGGCAAAGACGGAAAACCAGGUUUCAACGGCCUUCCAGGCAAAACCGGCCCAGUUGGCCCAGUCGGUUUCCCAGGAGCUAAAGGAGCUGCUGGUGCCGCAGGCAAGGAUGGUUUCCCAGGUCGCCCAGGCAAGGACGGCAAGCCAGGUUUUGAUGGUGCCCCAGGUGCUGCAGGUAAAGAUGGUGCUGUUGGUCCAGUUGGUCCAGUCGGCCCAGUUGGUUUCACAGGCAGAAGCGGAAAGAACGGUCUCGACGGUGCCGCAGGUAAGGCUGGUUUCCCAGGUGCCCCAGGAAGAAAGGGAGCUACUGGUGCCCCAGGCAGAGAUGGUUUCGCAGGUGCCCCAGGCGCCAAGGGUGAUAAAGGAUUCGACGGCCUUGAUGGCCUUAAUGGUAAGGAUGGUGCCACAGGAAAAGCUGGUCCAGCCGGCCCAGCCGGUGCCACUGGCAGACACGGCGCCACUGGCGCUACUGGUGCCAGAGGUAAGACCGGUGCCGUCGGUCUCCAAGGUGCUCCAGGUGCCCCAGGUGCCAGAGGCAAGGACGGAAAGGCUGGUCGUCCAGGUGCUACAGGUGCCCCAGGUGCCCCAGGUCCAAAGGGUGACGCCGGCUUCCCAGGUUUCCCAGGCAAGGACGGUCUCCCAGGUGCCCCAGGUAAGGAUGGUCCAGCCGGACCAGCCGGUUUCCGCGGCCCAGCUGGUGCCCCAGGUAAAGAUGGCUUCCCAGGUGCCCCAGGACCAAAGGGUAAGACCGGUUUCACCGGUGCCCCAGGUGCUCCAGGCAACGAUGGUGCCCCAGGUGCCUCUGGCUCUGUUGGCGCUCCAGGUGCUCCAGGUGCUCCAGGUGCCCCAGGCGCUCCAGGCGCUUCUAUCCCAGUCUUCUCUAGGAAGGGUUACUAUUAAACUCUGAGGAAUAGGACCGCUGUGUAGUAUUAUUUGUUUACAUCAUGACAACAUUUUGUUAAUAUAUGAAGAUCAUAUUAAAUACAUGAAGAUAUAAGCAGUCUUUUUAUUCAUUUCGUAUCCACCCUCUACGUCAGCAGCUCUUAUUCAGUAGAACUUUUAAAUAUCUAACUGUUUUUAUUAGCUAGAGAUAAAAGAAACAGGGAUACGGGAAAAUCACCAUAAUUAAUUUUUGGGACAAAACUAUAUCAUUUCAAAUAUACGAUUCGAGUUAAGGGAACCUUUUCUUUAUCACACUGAAAUCACCCCUAGCCAGAAUUAUAUCUUCAAUGAAGAAACCUUCUCAUCAAGUAAAAUGGACAAGGGCAUGAAAUAUGAACAAACUAUACGUAAUAAUAAAUUAUCUUUAUAAAAUGAA